AUGGUGUCCAACGGUGUCAAGGACCACGGCCCGGGCAAGCUCGCCAUUGCGCACCACGCUGCCACGACCGAUAUUGCCCUCGAGGCCGAAAAGAACUUCUCCGCCCAAAACUACCAGUCCCUCCCCAUUGUAUUUUCCCGCGCUCGGGGGGCGUCUGUCUGGGACCCCGAGGGCCGUCAUUAUCUUGACUUCCACUCCGCUUCGACUGCCCUCAACCAUGGCCAUUGCCACCCGAAGCUCGUCGCUGCGCUGGUCGACCAGGCCUCACGACUGACGCUUACGUCGCGGGCCUUUCACAACGAUGUAUACCCCCAGUUUGCCGAGAUGGUGACCAAGACUUUUGGCUACGACAGAGUCCUGCCUUCGAGCACUGGCGCCGAGGCGGCCGAGACUGCCAUCAAGGUCGCUCGAAAGUGGGCUUACAAGGUGAAGGGUAUUCCCAAGGACCAAGCCAUUAUUCUUGGUGCGGCAGGAAACCACCACGGACGAACGCUGGCUACUAUUUCUCUGGCUUCUGACGCCCAGUCGCGGGAAAAUUAUGGUCCCCUAGUCUCUAAUAUCAGCUGCUAUAUUCCUGGAACCGACAAGACCAUCGCGUACAACGACAAGGAUGCACUGCGUGAGGCCUUUGAGAGAGCGGGCUUCAACCUGGCCGCCUUUGUCAUAGAGCCAAUCCAGGGGGACGCAGGCGUCAUCGUGGCCGACGACGACUAUCUUCGAGAGGCGAGAACGCUCUGCGACGAGCACCAUGUUUUGUUGAUCUGCGACGAAAUCCAGACGGGCAUUGCGCGGACAGGGAGGCUGCUCGGCCACUACUGGAGUGGGAUCAAGCCCGACUUGGUUCUGCUGGGGAAGACUAUGACGGGUGGCAUGUAUCCUGUCUCGUGUGUCUUGGGUAGCAACGACGUGAUCCUCACAGUUGAGCCCGGAACACACGGGUCGACGUACGGCGGCAAUCCCCUCGGCGCGGCGGUCGCUAUGCGUGCUCUUGAAGUUAUCGACGAGGAAAACUUGGUCCAGCGGGCUGAACGCCUCGGCAACAUUCUCCGUGACGGUUUGAAAGCUCUCCAGGCCCAUAAUCCUAUUAUCCAAACUGUGCGUGGCCGAGGUCUUCUCAACGCCAUGGUCAUCGACCAGUCCAAGACCAAUGGACACUCUGGUAUAGAACUGUGUGAGCUGAUGAGAAAGAAGGGCCUUUUGCUCAAAUCUAGCCGUACUGGUGUCAUCCGCAUCGCCCCGCCGCUGGUUGUCACAGAAGACGAGCUUGAAAAGGGCCUCCGAAUUAUCAAAGAAUGUAUUGAAGGGCUUCCGGGCCUCUCGAUUGCCGCGUAA